AUGAAGAAGGCCAAGGCGACCUCGUGCAAGGCGACGGCGAUGAAGGUCACGAAGAAGAAGACUCUGUCCACCAUUCUGCCGCCCGCGGCGACCGCAGGCCUCGCAGCCCCCGCGCUGCUCGGCAAGGAGAUGGCGAAGGCGAAGGCCGGCGCCUUGAAGGAGAAGAAGGCGGCCAGGGCAAAGGGCCUGCUCGCUGCGCAGAAGGCCGCGGUCAAGGCCAAGCUGAUCGCAAUGAGUGCAAAGGAUGCGGCGGCGAAGAAGGCGAAGCUGGAGGCCGCGAAUGCGAAGGCGGCCGCGGCCGCCGCGAAGAAGGCGAAGGAGGAGGCCGCGAAGAAGGCGAAGGAAGCGGCAAGGAAGGCAAAGGAGCAGCUCGCGAAGAAGAAGGCGAAGAGGCGGGCCCAGGAGGAGGCCUACGUCGCAAGACAGGAGGAGAUCUACAGGAAGAAGACCGAGGCCGACGAGGCCAGGGCGGCGAAGAAGGCACGCGUCGCCGCGCGCAAGGAGGAGGAGAGGCGCUACGCGGAGGAGCAGCACGAGCUCUACCUCCAGGAGCAGCGGGCGGAGGCCGCCGCGUCGGAGGCCGCCGCGCCCGUGGCCGCCGCGCCCGACGGCGCCCCCGCGCCGGACGCCGCGCCCGCGGCGACCGCCGCGGCAGCGGACGCCUCAGAGCCCGCGGGCGCCGCCGAGGAGGGUACCGCCGAGGAGGGCGCCGAGGAGGGCGCCGAGGAGGGCGCCGAGGAGGGCUCUGAGGCCGAGGAGGCCGCCGCACUGGACGCCGGGGCCGAGGAGGCCGCCGAGCCGGAGGCCAAGGCCGAGGAGGAGUAG